CCCGCGGGCGCUGGGGACCCGGCGCCAGUUGGGGAGCGUGGAGUUUUGAGGGAAGGGGAGUUGUCAAAAGGAGGCCGAGGGUAAUAAGGCAGACGCCGCGGAGAAGCGAGGGGCCCCGCCCCUCUGCCAUAGCGGCCUCCCGGCUCCGCCUCUUCCUUUACAGCCUCCCGCCCUCCCCUGCCUUCCGGCCAGAGAUCGGGCCGGGCCCUACCGGCCCCUUCGGGAGUAACUCUGAGCCGUGGCCUCAGGGGAGAGGAGAUGCCCAAUCCCUUCUUGGCACUGUGUCCGAAAGAAAAGGGCUAGAACCGGCUUCGGACCCGGCUGGACUGGGCAGAAGGCGGUCCCUGCUUCGCGGCAGCCAGCAAAACCUCUCAUCUGAGGACCGCGGAUCAGAGCGACUUUCCCGCAGCACAGGGAAUGUUAUUCUUACCCAGAAAGUCCAGGGCUCCAGUUCAAAAGGUUUUCCUAUGUACUCAGAUAGGGUCCUCGCUGCUUUAAGCAUAUCAAGCAAGAGCAAGUCCUGGGCUCGGAGUUGGGAGACCCGGGUUUUAAUCCUGGCUCUGAAAUACCACAUCCUCUUUUUUUUUUUUUUUUAAGGUGGGGAAGUGUAGGCUACACGUCUGUGGUCGCUGGGGCUAGAGCUUGACUCGAGAGAGGAAAGGAAGAAUGGAAGCCUGGUGAAGAGGCAGAGAAGCCUGAGGGAGCUCAGUCCUGGUAGCGGCACCCCUGAAUUCCUGGUGGUGAGAGUAUGUGGCCCUUGGACCCAUCCCGGAAAGAGGUGCUGGGGUUUGCAGUCAGCUGCCGUGUCCUGACUCUGGUGCUGCAGGCUCUCUUCAAUGCCGUCAUCCCAGACCAUCGUGCAGAAGCCUUUUCUCCUCCUCGCCUCGCCCCCUCAGGCUCUGUGGACCAACUUGUGGAAGGUCUCCUGGGUGGCCUAUCUCACUGGGAUGCUGAACACUUCCUGUUCAUUGCCGAGCAUGGCUACCUGUAUGAACACAACUUUGCCUUCUUCCCUGGUUUCCCCCUGGCCCUGUUGGUGGGGACUGAAUUACUGAGACCCCUCUGGGGGUUACUGAACCUACGGAGUUGCCUGCUAAUCUCAGUAGCAUUGCUUAAUUCCUUGUUCUCCGUGCUGGCCACACUUGCACUUCACGACCUGGGCUGUCUGGUUUUGCACUGUCCCCGCCAGGCUUUUUACGGAGCAAUGCUCUUCUGCCUCAGCCCCGCCAAUGUCUUCCUGGCAGCUGGUUACUCAGAAGCUUUGUUUGCCCUCCUGACAUUCAGCGCCAUGGGGCAGCUGGAAAAGGGCCGAAGCUGGACUAGUGGACUCCUCUUUGCCCUUGCCACUGGUGUACGCUCCAACGGGCUGGUCAGCAUUGGCUUCCUUGUGCAUUCUCAGUGCCGAGACUUUUUCUCUUCUCUCAUGAUGCGGAAUCCUCUAAGACAGCUCUUGAAGCUAAUGGGCUCUGUGUUCCUGUCAGUGCUCACACUUGGCCUUCCCUUUGCUCUCUUUCAAUAUUACGCCUAUACCCAGUUCUGUCUCCCGGGCUCAGCCCGCCCUAUCCCUAAGCCCUUGCUGCAAUUAGCUGCGGACAAGGGCUACCGGAUCGCAGAGGGAAAUGAGCCACCUUGGUGCUCCUGGAAACUUCCCCUAAUAUACAGCUACAUCCAGGAUACCUACUGGAAUGUUGGCUUUUUGAGAUACUAUGAACUCAAGCAAGUGCCCAAUUUUCUACUGGCUGCACCAAUGGCUAUACUGGUUGCCUGGGCAACUUGGACGUAUGUGACCACCCACCCUUGGCUCUGCCUUACUCUUGGGAUGCGAAGGAGCAAAAAUAAUAAGAACCUAGAGAAGCCUGAUCCUGGAUUCCUCAGUCCUCGGGUAUUUGUGUACCUGGUCCACGCCGCAGCACUGCUGCUGUUUGGCAGUCUGUACAUGCAUGUUCAGGUUCUCACCAGGUUUUUAUGCUCCUCUACUCCUAUCGUGUACUGGUUUUCAGCUCACUUGCUUCAGGAUCAAGAACCGCUGCUGAGAUCUCUAGAGACUGUGCCUUGGAAGCCUCUUGCAGGGGACUCCCCACCAGGAUGCCAGGUCCCCAGAAAUUCUAUCCUGGGACUCUUGUACAACUGGAAAACUUGUUCUCUGGUCACGCGAUGCAUUCUAGGCUACUUCCUGACUUACUGGCUCCUGGGACUGCUCCUGCAUUGCAACUUCCUGCCUUGGACAUGACCUGGAGUCUUAGGGGACAGGCUUGAAGCAGGUUUAACCAGGCGCUGAAAGUACAGAUACACACUGGGGCUGCCUGUGCUGCCCUGGAAUCCUUACUGUGGCAGUUAGAACCUCUCUCUCAGAAGGUUGGUUAGGCAUGGGAGAAGUGUGAGCUUCUAGAGAACCCCUCUGGUCCUGGCUAUGGCAAAUUAAUUUAGAGUAGUAAUUAUUUUCUCUGUAAAUGUAGAAAUCUUAUUCCAAGUCUAAAGUACACCUGAAUCUGCCUUGUCAGUCAAUCAUAGAAGAGAGAUUCUUAAACUUACCACUGACCCACACAUAAAUCUAAAUGUAGAUUAUUUAAGUGUAAAUUUCAUCAAAGGCUCUAGCUGACAAACUGGUGAUAGUCCACACAUGAUGGUGGAGGCCUGAACAGUGCAGCAGCAGUAGUAGGUCAAAUGGGACCAUCUUUUCUAAAUGGGAUGUUGUUUCUGAUGAUUUUUUUUUUGGUGACUGUUACUUAUUUGAAAAAUCUUACAAAGAUAUGCAAAUUAAACAACUUCUGGUUGUAUCUGCAA